UGAUCUAUAGAUAAGUAGAAAACUGGCCGAUCCGAUGCUCAUCUGCUCAUUACCGAGUGUAUAUUUUCGCUUAGGUAUCAAAGUUCUUUUGAAUUUUGAUCUUCAAUUUUUCGCCGUUCGAGCCGUCAUGUCUUGUGUAAACAUAUUUGAAAAUUAGUUCGUUGGCAAAAAUGAUUUUUCGACAAAAAACACGUCAGCGAAAGGUCGAAUGACGGUAUUAUACAGAAGAACGACCAGAGACUGACUGGGUCAGUCGGUACGUACAAAACCGGUACUAUGAUCGUUGCAUUCUUUUGACGAUUGGGCCGAUACACCUUGACAGUCUGAAUGCUAGUAGCCAACAAGAUGUGGGCUUUCCUAAUCUUGUUGUUGUGCAUGAACACGUCCCUUUGCCGGUGCCUCGACAAAGAGGAUGUGAUAUUCGCAGUAAACGCUGGUGGCGACGCGCACGUAGAUAGUUACGGUAUACUGUACCAAAGAGAUUUCAAUAAAGUAGGUACAGAAUCGGAUUAUGGCAAGAAAUUGUCCAUUCAGCGCGUAAAGCCUCAUGAUCAGAUACUUUACCAAACGGAAAGGUAUUCUCAAACUACUUUUGGGUAUGACAUACCAAUCAUGCAAGACGGUGAUUAUGUGAUGGUAUUAAAGUUCAGCGAAGUAUACUUUACAAAUAGUGGUUUAAAGGUAUCGUUUGUCAUAAUGAGUCGUUAUUUCUAAGUGUUGUAUUGAUUAAGUACCAUUUUUAUUUUAGGUUUUUGAUGUUCUGCUGAAUGGUCAACACAUAGUAGUACCACUGUUAGAUAUCUAUGAUAAAGUUGGAUUUGGUUCUGCUCAUGAUGAGUAUAUUGAAUUUACAGUAGAUGGCACAACACUAUAUUGGAGAGGAGAAAUAUCUGAAAUUAAAGGAAAUCUUGUCAGAGUGGAUUUUAUUAAAGUAUGCUUGUUUAAAUAUAAUAAUAUGUUAGUUAUACAAAAACUGUUUUUAAUUUAAUUUUACUUAUUCUUUUUUAAGUAUUUUCAUUGAAAAUAUUAAUUCAAUUUCAUAAUUUCACUUAUUAGGUUAGGUACCUAAUUACCUAAAAGCUAAUUAAUAAUUAAUUAUUAAAAUACAUUUUUUUAAAUUCUUACCUAUUUUUAAUAUUUGACGACUAUGCGACUACAUGAUAAAUGAUUUUGUAAUUAUUUAAAUAAUACUAUAAGUAUGUUUACUUAUCAAAAUAACAAAUUGUAUUUUUUUUUUUUGUAUAAACGAGCUUUUUAAGGCUCAUAAUAAAAUAAAUUAAUAUAAUGUUAUGUCCUUACUAAACAUACAGCUGCCAACAUAGAAAUACAUAUACAAUUUUAAUAUAUUUAUAAUUUUGUUUGAUUAUGAAAAUAUAAAAAAAACCGUCUUUGAUAUUUUUAUUUUACUUAACUAAUAUCUAUUAUUUUUGCAUUUAUUAAUAGGGUGAACGAGAUAAUCCUAAAGUUAAUGCAGUACUAGUAGCCAGAGGCAGAAUUUCUGGUAAUUUGGGACCAAGUUUAGAUAUUAUGAUAACUAAUUGAAUAUUAAUAUUAUAACUAUUAGGUGUAAUUUUGUUUAUUUUAAAUUUUAUUGUUUUUUAGAUAUACCAAGAUUACCAGAUUUGUAUUCGGAAAUUGAACCACAACCACCAGAUGAAAUUGAAGUAGAAGAAGACCAACCAGUUAAUGAAGCAGGCAAAGAACCUGUUAAAAUAGUACAGCAUAGUAGAAAUCCAAGUGGACCUAAAGCGCCAGAUCCACAAGAUGUAAAUUCUAUGAAAUUAAUGCCAAUAUUUGGAGCUCUAAUUGCAUUUCUUGGAGCACUUCUUUUACUGUGUAGACUCUAAAGAAUCUUAUAUAAAUAUUUUCUUUCUUUCUUUCUUUCUUUUUUUUACAUUACAAGACUUUUAUUAUUCAGUAUUUUAUUUUUAUUUUAAUACUGAAGAAAGACAAACAUAAAUUCCACACAACAAAAUUGUUACAGAUACAUAAAUGUUGUUACCUAAUUUGUAUAUAAAAACCAUUUUCAUAGUUUCGCUUAUUAGAAAUAUAUAAUAUAUAUUUUGUUUUGUAAAAGACAUAUUAAUUUGUAUUUCAAACGACUGAGCAAUUGAAUCUGUUAAUUAUACUUUAUUUGAAUUAUAAAACUGGGAAGUUUAUUGUAGAAUUCCAAGACUGUUUUUAUUGUAUAUACAUUAUAAAUCAAUAACAAUAAAAUCAAUUCGGUAUUUAAAUAUACAUGAAAGAUUGAAUUGUACAACUGUUUAAAAUGUAAUUUUUUAAACAGUAAUCUUGUAAUAAAGCAAUAGUUAUGCGGUUGUUAUUAAUAUGCGUGUUUGUUAUUGCACACACUUAUUUUUAAGUACAAACAGACAUUAAAUCUAUCAUAAAUCCAAUAAAUAUAUUGUAUUAAAAAUUAGUAAUAGAAUAUUUACUUGCUAUUGGUAUUUUGCAUUAUACCGAGGAAUCUUAAAUGCGGAUAUUUUGAAAAUUAUUGAAACAAUAUCAUUUUUAACAUACACAUUUAUAUAUAUGUAUAAACACACACAUACACAUACAUAUAAAAAAAAAAAUUAUAUAAUUAAUAACAUUGAACAACAUAAUAUUAAUAACAUGAAAAACAUUGUAUUAUUCCCGUCAAAAAUAAAUUAUCACAAAAGUUUUAUUUUAUAAUAGAGAAGUAAAAUAAUGACUUAGAUUUUUGACUAGAUUUUGUUGGUUUAAGUCUUAUUUAUUAGAUUAUUCUACUUGGAAUGUUAGUAUUAGAAUAACUCUCAUUUUUGCUAGGAAUGUUGAUUAAUGAUUAUAUAACAAUAGAAUCUUAUUAGUCCAUACUCCAAUGUUUGAUUAGAAAGUUAAAUAACAAAAUUGUUAAGAGUUGGCCUAAUGGUUAUUGCACUAUAACAAAUCGCGUUAGUGUAUGUAAUAUUAGUUCCGAGUUAGUGGCUCUCAGCAUACGGCGAAUCGUGCACGCUGAUGACACUAUCCGUAUCGGAAUUGGUGGAAAACGGCGUUAGUCUUGUGUAUGGGAUAGGUCUUUUUCUCGCACUACAAAAUAAUUUUCAACCGUUAUUGGACAUCUUAUUGCAGAAUUCAAAGUAUGAGGUGAAAAUGAAGUUCAAUAUUUACCAGCUUGUAAAUUUAAAAAAAAAACUGCCAAAAAAUCAAAACAUAUCAAAUCUAAAUAAAACAAAAUGAAAAUAAAAACACACACAAAUUAUAACGUAGCCAUGAUGCAUAUCAUCUGAAAGCAAAAAAAAAUGUAUAAUGUCUUGAAAUUAAAAAUCAAAGUGCAUAUAUGCCGUUUUAAAAUAUUAUAUUUUUUUUUUUUUUUUACAUGUCAUACAAAAGCAAUAAUUCAAAUGGGUGUAUGUGGUCUACUACAUGGUCCUUAUAAUACGUGAAGAUAUAUAAUAAAAAAUAAUACAUUUAAUAACAAAAAAUAAAAAUAAAAACGUACACUAUAUAAAUAUAGUUUGUAUUGUACGAUUUUGCAUUCAAAAAUUCAUUUCAUUUUAAUCCGUUUAAGAAUUAACAAUAAAGAAAUAAAAACACAGUAAAAAUUGUUUGAGAAAUUCAAAUCGUACAGGUAUUUUUAUUGUUAAGAUAAUAGUAAUUCAUAUCUACAUGGUCAUGCAUAAUCAUAAUCUACUAAGAAAAAAAACAAAUUAUAAUAACUGAAAGAAACAAUUUAAGCACAUGAGGGUGGCAAAAUAAUAAAUAGUUAAAAUAAUUUUUAGUUUUGCUAAUAUAAUAUAUUGAAUUAGCAAAAAUAACUUGGACCUUUUCAUAAAUUAAUGGCGUAUCAUUUAUAGGAUUAAAUAUAAUAUUAUAAUCAAAUACAUGAACAAUAAAUAAAUAAAAACUCGUAGAUAAAUAAGACCCAUUGUUAUAAAAUGUAAUAUUUAAAUUUGCCAUAAAUUUACAAAAAGGUAUUUUACACACACUGGACAAUAUUUAUACAAAAUACAUAAACUGAUUAUCCUGAUACCUGUGUUCCAGUCUCAUCAUCCAAAUCGUGAUUCGAGCAUAAUUUAAAAUGAGAUAGGAACAUAAUUUUACUAUUUUGUUUGAGAAUUUGAGUAAUUAAAAAUGUAACAUAUUAUCUUUUAUAAAGUUUAAAACAUUUUAUGGAAUCUUUUAACUCAAAUAUAUUUAUUUAAAAAUGAAAUUGGAGGUAUAAAACACACACUAACAUUAAAAUUUACCUUGUAAUUCGUCUUCGAUCCAAAAAGCUAGGCGACCCCCGUCGCCUAGGUAUGGAUGCAGAUCGAGACUUUGAACUACGGCUAGACACAGAACUGCUAGAGUCAUGGCUAGAACUAGAACUGCGAGAGUAAUGACUGCUUGAUGAACUACUAGUAGAACGCGAACGACUUGAACUAUAACGUCUUCUCUUUUUGUAAGACGAUGAUGAUCUACUGCUGCAGCUGCUACUAUCACUGCUUCUUUGUCUUCGAGACGAACGUUUGCGUUUGGAGGAUUUAUGCUUACGCCUGGGACUGGAUUCCUCACUUGAUGAAAUCCGAUUCUUACGUAAGCGAUCAAUUGAGCUAAUGGAAACUGAUCGAGAUGUACUUCCUUUAGUACGACGGCGUGUUAAUGGUGACUUUUUCUUUGAAUAUUUGUCAGAUGAGCGACGUUUUGAUGAUUUAUGACGGUCAAUGCUAGUGUCGCUUGCACUGCUGCUACUGCUACUAGAACGUACGCGUUUGGAUUUUUUUCUCAUAUCACUGUAAACAAAUAAAGUAACUGAAAAUAGUUAUUUAAUAAUAACGAAACAGUUUAAUUAAAAAUUAUUUAAUCAAAAAUUAACAAACCUGACACUAGAUGAGGAAUCUCUAAUACGUCUUCGUUUGACACUUUUUUUUUUUACAGGUUCCUCAGAACUUUCACUUGAACUGGAAGAAGUUCUUACUUUACGUUUUUUCUCCAUUAGUUUUUUUUUCAGAUGAAGCAAUGCUUGCUCCUGUUUUUCGUGCAAUUCAAAUACUUUUUUAAUUUUUUCUGUAGUAAUUUCUUUAAUUAUAUUUAAAUCAAUAUCACCAUCUAAUUCACCAGCUUCACUUGAGCUUGAAUUUAAAAAUAUUUUAUCUACUCGUUCGUUUGUCUUCUGAGAAUCCAAUUUUUUCAGUUGAGUUUCGUUAUUUUGUGAUGAAAUUUUUAUGUUAUUUGGACGUCCAUUAGCUUUAGUCACAACUAAACGAUCCUCACUUUGCUCACGCAAUGAAAAUGUAUAUUUAGUACCCUUAACAUUUUUUUCUUCAUUAAUUUUCGGUUGGCCUAAUUUUAUAUAUGUAGCAUUCAUAUCCUUAGGAGGUGGUGUAUAACAUGAUUUUUCACUAUCACUACCAGAAGUUAUACAAGUUAAUUUUUCAGGUUGAAUAAUUGGUUUUCUAAAUUCUCUUACAGGACUUUCAUUCCUUUUCUUUGAAUUGUAUUUUGAGUCUGCUCUAUCAGAUUUCUUAUAUUUUCCUUUACUAGAUUUACUAUCGUCACAACUUUUUUGAUGUCUAUAUGAAUAUUUAUUGGAAUCUCUUGCUCUAUCCCUAUCGCGUCCUUUAACUGGUGACUUAGUAUGUCUUGGUGAAUUUUCUUGUUUUUUAGAUUCAUGAACAAUAUCUUUAUUUUUUGAAUUUUUGUAAUUGUCGGUUUUUGAAUCUUUCCUACGGUAAUCCCCUCGAUCACUCUUAUAUUUACUUUCUAGUUCUCUCUUAUCAUUCUUAUAUGUUUUAUCAUCAUCUCUCGAGUGUUUUUUAUGAUUAUUUUCAGAUUCAUAUUUUUUUUUACUAUUUUCUAUAAUUACUUUAUUAGAUUUAUCAAAAUCACACUUUGAUUUUAUCUGUAAAGGACUCUUAUUAAUUUUUGCUUCAACAUCUCUGAAAUAAAAAUAUGAAAUUAUUUACUAUCUAUCAAUUCACCUAAUUAAAUAUAUAAAAAAAACUUUUUGUUUUGUUCGCAUCUCAAAUUAUUUUAAUUUUUUUUAUAAUGAAUUUGAAUUACAUACCUUGGACUAUCUUCAGAUGAAGAAACGUGUUUCUUUUUGUGUUUUUUUGAUUUUUUUUUAUCACUUCCCUUUUCUCUGCAAACACAAUA